GGGGCCGUUUUCAUGUGGCGCAUGUCCGGAGCUUUCUCCGCGGAGGAAACACUUGGAAUGUGGCACAACAUCUGUUAUUCAAAGAGGCACAAUGUAUCGGACCUUGCCACCGUCGCAGGCUGAAAUUGAAACUUAACUGAAGGAAUUUUUUAAAACGGCUGUAUACGCAGCACGCCUACAACUGCGCAUGCCCCGGCCCCUUGGCCAGAAAUCGAGCAGUACCAGUGUCAGUUGCCGCAGUCUGGAGCUCCGACUCACCCCCUCCGCAAUAACAGUGCCACCGGAAUAGCAGUACCACCCCCCGCCAAUCGAGGCCAGCAGAAAAAGGAGGAGCAGCAGCAACAGCAGGUGACACCUGGGCCACCUCAAGGCUACUCCUUUCGGACAGUCACGGAAUGGCGGCCGUUGUCCAUGGUUGCAGCAGUCCCCGGCAGCGUUCCUGCAAUGGCAGCAGCUCUCCGGGCGGCCAUCAUGGCUCCACGCCCUCCUCCGCCUACCCCACCAUGCCGAAAUACUCCCGGACAGCCAGCCAAACCCUGUACGCCACCAGUCAGCAGCUUUUCGGCGGAGGUCUGACGGACAAUUACGGCAAUGGACCGCUCUACAUGUCCUCCGGCUCGGGGCAGCGCCCCCUUUCCGCCUCUGCUCUGCCAGAGACGGCGGCGGCCAGCCGGAAUUACUGGGGCCAUCAUAACGCCUUCUACCACACUGGGAGCAGGCACUACAAUAAGCGCAAGUCUGCCGUCGAGCUCCUGGCGGAGUCCAAGCCUUUCUACAUCAAAUCCGAGGCAGUUUUCGAGAGACUACAGCAGUCUGGCUACCGGAACGGAUCCGGAAACAAUGGAGGCAGUGGCAAGAGAGGUCGCCGACCGGAGGAGUCUCAUCACUAUGGGAUGCAGCAGUACGAUGAUCUUGAGGAGCGACGCUACAUGAGUCUGAAUCUCAGCAGGCAGCAGCAACAGCAGCAGCAGCAGCAGCAGUACCUGCACAAUCACCACCCCCAUCCCCACCCACACCAGCACCACCCACACCGUCACUCCGCCCAGGGCCAAGGUCAAGGCCGGGCGGGGGGUGGCAGUGGUGGAGCUGCCGUGAACAACAAUCUGCUGCAACACAAGCUGCGCAUGCUGCUUGGCUCGGAGGCAGGCAAGGAGCGAAAUGGAGGCGGCACCUUGAGGCGCCACGAAUUAAGUGACGGCAGUGCCGAGCUCCUGCCCACUGAUUAUGGCGAGGAUGAUGCUGGACAAGUGGGUGCCUUGAGGAUACCACCACCACUUUACAUGCCGGCCCAUGGAUUUGGACGUGACGGGGAGGAGCCACUGGUGCUCACGGAAAACUAUCGACCAAUUAGCCCGCCGGCGGAAUAUGCCGCCAAGUCGGGGCAAGCGCACAAUGAUCGUUAUAGAUACAACUACCAGCGCUCCUAUUCACACUCCCACGAAGUGGCCAAUGCUGGCGAGGAACGGGCUCCGUAUCCCUCCGGGGACUUCAAUAUCAACAGCCACAAGUCGCUGCCGGAUCUGCACACCCAGAUCAGCCGUCAUUCACCGCACAGUGAGAUUCUGAGCUGCUGCAGUCGAGGCAAUCGCUCCAUCAAGUCGGCUGGAGAGUCCUCUAUCAAUCGGGACUCUGGCGGGAGCUCUGGUCACUACACCCAUCGCAGUGAACCCUGCUAUAAGCGGGAGAGGCAGAGGGAAGCGGCGCCACCACCGGCCAGUGGCACCAUCAAGAACUGUUGCACCCUGGUGGCGGCCACGCGAAGAGACAGUGGCUCCUCCACUCAGCACAGUGCCAAUUCCUAUUGCGGUUAUGUCACACCGGCGGGUGAGUAUUCGGGCAUGAGUAGUGGACGUAAUCCGGAGUGCCUGGACUGCCGCUGCAAGCAGGAUACUAUGGGUUCGGAUUACCUAUUGAACUUUACGCCUACGCCGGAAGUGCCGGAGGCCUUCCAGGACGACUAUACCCCGACGCCGCCUUCGCCGCGCUUGAAGACCCAGACCCCUCGCUACUCGAGCUCCUCCAGCCAGCAGCUCCAUACCAGUUCCCAGGGUUACACGAGCAUCAAUCACUCGCAGAGCUCCCUGGUCCAGAGCCCAGGAUCGGCGCCCUCAGUGGACGAUAUUAGUCCGCCGCCAAUUCAGUUUAAACGUCAGAGGUGCAUCCGUUUUAAGAAUAGGAAUCGACUGCCUGUUCAAGGAGAAAUUGGAGUAGUCAGCGGAUCUGGAGGCGGCCUGGCCCCAGUAGGCGGCGUCCUGGCAGCCUAUAAGCAGCACCGCGGCAGUGUGGAGCACGAGAACGUGUUCUUCCCAAAAGGUUUCACUACAGAAGGCUACCACAAUAGCCUGGAAAUGGAAAGAGAGGCACUGAAUGCUAGCAUCUCAGAGCUGGAGAAGUUCUUCGACCGUCUUGGCCUCAACGACGAGGCCUUCCACGAGAUUUACAGCCAGCCGAGGAGGCACCACUCGGAGACAGACAACGGAUCGGAUGAUUCCAGCACCGUAUUCUUCUCGGACGUGAGCACGGUGGACUCCAUGAGACUGCCGGAUAGCACAGAGACCCAGCCACAGACCACGCAGGCCUACCGGCCCUCGGAGCCGCCUUCGAUUGUGGAGCGGAAUGCCAGGAUCAUCAAGUGGCUGUGCAAUUGCAAAAAGAUGCAGUGCACCUGAGGACUACAGGAGCAGUGCAGCUGCGGAUUUGGCCGAUGAGGGAUUGGCGGAAACGGAAAACCCGGGAGACGAAUGGAUUUGAGGAGUAUAGAGAAUCAUUUGGGCAAUAGAAAAUGUAUCUUGGUGUUAUAUGCCUAAUAUCAAACUGAAUCUUUUUACCUGAACAAUAUAUAUUAAACUUAAA